GUUGGCAGUGUCGGCUUCUCCUCGUUGAACAACGGCGCGUUGGGUCACGUGACAGCAUCUGCUGCUGCUGGCUGAGCGAAGCGUGUUAGCAGAUUUUUCUAUUUUGUACAUACAUUGUUUUGUAUAUACUGUAUAUGAUGACUUCAGUGGUCAGCAAUCCAGCCCGAGGGCCUCGGGACAGAGCGCUGCCCGCCACCACACAGACAACACAGCCACAGAAACAGAUACAGGCAACAGCAGAACAGAUUCGCUUAGCCGAAGUGAUCUACGACAAAAAUGAUGCUGACUUUGAAGACAAGGUUAAACAGCUGAUUGAGGUAACUGGGAAGACUCAAGAUGAGUGCGUGGUAGCCCUCCAUGACUGCAACGAAGAUGUAAACAGAGCCAUCAAUUUUAUGCUGGAGAGCACCUCUGACCCAAGCUCCUGGGAGACAGUGGGGAAAAAGAGGAGCCUUGGGAAAGAAGGACCCUCAGAGAUAAAGGAGAGCCGAGAGAAAAGGGGAGGAGAGAGAGAGGCUAGUCGAGGACGUGGGGCGUCCAACAGGAGGGGCAGAGGCAUCAGUCGAGGGCGUGAAGGUCGGUUAGAAGAGAAUGGAUUUGAGGUGGCACCUGGAGAAAGGGGGGGAGACCGUGGGCGCAGAGGGCGUGGCAGAGGGGCAGGGGUUCGCGGUAGAGGAAGAGCAGCUGAUGGCACCAGGUUCUCCGGCGAGGGAAUGGGCACCUUCAAUCCAUCUGACUAUGGGGCUAACUCUCGAGCUCGCCAGGAGGCAUGGGAUGGCAAUGGACCUGCCGAAGGAUCUGGACCAUGGGCAGGCCAGGUUGAAGACUGGGCUUCAGAGGACUGGAAUGAGGAUUUGUCUGAGACCAAAGUAUUCACUGCCUCUUCUCCUCCAGCCAUCAUCACACCUGGACAAAAUGCGGACCUUGCUGGCCUACUGCCUAAUUCUGGAGUGGACUCUGACUUGGGGGCCAUAGUUGAUGGACCUUCAGCUGAGGAUUUGGGCCAAAGCCUGGUGUUUACCAAUUCCCACCACAAUGGACGCACUGCAACACACAGCUAUGCACACGCAACAGCCAACAGCUACGCCCAUGCCGCCUCGGCUAGUUCCACCUACGCACAUGCUACACUGUCCUCUGUCCUGGGUUCCGGGUUUGGUUCUCUCAAUGCGCCUAAGCCGACCCCUGCCGCUGAUGUCCGGGCGUCAGAGCCGCUCAACGGGCCUCGGCUCGGUCAGAGAGCUGGUCCGACGUUGGCAUCAGCCAGCAACAUCAGCGGUUCCAAAGACGCAGGGCCAUCCCCGAUACAGAACCCUGCUCCUGUCCCCUCUGCAGAAAUCAAGACUCGGAGAGUGGAGAAUGGCUCUGUUACUGCCCAACACAUGGCCAUGAAGCUUCAACCGGAGCCUUCAGCGGUGCUCAGCCAGCUGUCGCUGAGGCAGCAGUCCUCCAACCUCCCCAGCACAGAGCCUCUGGGCAUGUUGCAUGCUCCACAGGUCCCUACACCACCAGGUCAUGAGUCCUCGGUCUCUCUUAUGAGAGAUGGAGCCUCUCCAGGAAUGAAGUAUCCAGGCAUGGAGCCUUCCGUCACAGAACCCCCUCAGCGGCAGCUAAAGACACAGAGACGCAGAGUACCUCCUUCCUCAAAGAUCCCUUCAUCGGCAGUAGAGAUGCCGGGCUCAGCUGAUAUCCCCGGCCUGAAUGUUCAGUUUGGGGCUCUUGACUUUGGGUCUGAGGCUGGUGGUGGAGCAGUAGACAUGGGACAGAAAGAGUCGGCCAGGGAACACGCCCUGACUCAGGGCCAGGCUCCGGCAGCUCCUGUUCCCAUGGCUGUCCCCACGCAGCAGCAGCAGAGCAGCCUGUUCUCCCAGCCAGGAUCCAUGAGGUUUGUUGAACACAUGAGCAGCCUACCCACCAUGGGCGUCUCAGAUCCCAGUUUCCCAUCACCAUCCUUGGGUUUACCCAGCGCCACGCCCUCCCCCUCUAUGGGUCUUCCCAGUGCAUCAGCUCCACCCUCUUCAGUCGCUCCUCCAGCCAACCGGGUGGACACCAGUGGGCAAAGGUCCCUGCCCCCUCAUAUGGGCUACUCUCAGAGCCAAGAUGUUCAAUCAGCUGCUUCUCUUACAAAUGGCUACAAUGGCAUGAAGACACAGAGCAUACAAGACACUACGUCAGCAUCCAGAACAGUGAUGACUGAGUCUCCCAUUAUGACGAGUGACAGUGGCCACCACAUCCCUUCCCCUGCAGUUACACCUUCCCACUCAACAUCCAUCCCCUCGCUCAGCAGUCAUGUGACCAGUGCUCACUCAACUGGAUUGGCCCUUGCCACAAGCUCCUCCCUGACUCAGCAGAUGAGUCAUGAGGAGAGCAGCCACCUCCAUGCCUUUUCGUCGGCCAGCCAAGCUGUCCAUUCCAUUCCCUCAAUUCCUAUGGCUGUCAGCAGUUCAAUCUCCAAUGGUAUGCACCUAUCUGGAGCACCAGGACUUACUCCUAACGGCACAGCCGCUGCGCUCUUAGCUGCUAGCAACCGCGGGGCCCCCCUGCUCACUGCCACCUCUGGUAAAGCUCCUCCCAACUUGGCACAAGGAGUGCCACCUCUCCUGGCAAACCAGUACAUCAUGGGCCCGGGGGGGUUGCUCCCUGCUUACCCGCAAAUCUAUGGAUACGAGGACUUGCAAAUGCUGCAGUCUCGCCUUCCUAUGGAUUAUUAUGGUGUUACAUUCCCUGGUACUACGGCUGCUAUGCCUGGAAGAGAGAGCCUGGCCAAUAAUCCAUAUUCUGGUGAGGCAACAAAGUUUGGCAGGAAUGAUUCUUCAUCUCCAGCCCCCCCCACCAGCCUGUCCUCUGCGGGGGUGCAGUCGCAGGCUCCACAGGCCGGAGUGCAGGGGCAGGGGCAGAGCCAGGGGCAGCAAGCUCAGAACCAGGCCUUCCUCAACCCCCCUCUGCCCCCUGGCUACGGAUACACUGGUCUGCCGUACUACGCUGGUAUGCCAGGUGUUCCCUCAGCGUUCCAGUACGGCCCCACCGUCUUUGUGCCUCCUGGUUCGGGCAAGCAACAGGGAAUGGGCCUUGCCAACCCCUCCAAUCAGUAUCAUCAACAGCAUCAGCCCAAUUACGGACAGCAUGCAUAUGGCGCAGCCUUUGAUGACCUGUCUCAAGCCCACGGUGGGGAGUACAGUAAGGGAGGGUACGGAGGCUCUGUCCAAUCACAGGCCAAAUCAACGGGCGGCGGCCCAGGGAAAGCUCCAGGACUGUCAGGCUCAGGUAACAGUGGAGGCGUACCUGACAUGGGAGGGUCAAUCUACAGCAAAGCUCAGUCAUUUGACAAGCAGGGCUUCCACACGGGGACACCGCCUCCCUUCAGCCUGCCCUCUGCACUGGGGGGUGCGGGGCCCUUGAACCCCGGGGGGGCUCCUGGCUACGCCCCUGCUCCCUUCAUGCACAUCCUGCCACCGCACCAACAGCCCCACUCCCAGCUGCUGCACCAUCACCUCACACAAGAUGGACAGGGUGGUCCCGGUCAGCGCAAUCAGUCCAACAGCAUGCAACAGAAAACCCAAGGCAGCAAGUCCAGCUAUGGCAGCUCCCCCUACUGGGCCAACUGAGGAAUGCUUUCCGCCCCCUCUCCCAGAAAAGGAUGUGUGUGCGUGUGUAAAGCUAAAACAAAAAACAGAGACACACUACCUUCACAAUGAGCAACCUUGGGCCUCCUCGUCCCGCUCCCCCCACCUCCACAAGUCCUCAUAAGUCUUUUGGAUUCUCUCUUCCUCCCCCAUUUCAAAAUUGGUUGUACAUGUAAGAUAUUUAUGUAUGUAUUUAUAUAUAUAUAUACUGUAUAUGUAAUAGUAGAACAUAAAAUGUGGUUGCUGCAUUUUAUUUUUGAAGGACUUUUUGUUUACUUUUUUCAAAACUGCAGGAAAAUAUGUUACAUUAAGACAGAAUGAGAUGGUAAUUAUGAUGGUGAAGAGAAAUUAUCUAAAACUUCCUAUAAGAAACCAUAAAAAGGAAAAAGAGAGAGCUAUAGCACUGAUUGCGUAUGAGGACAUUUCAGAUGGGGGUGGGGUUUAUAAUAACUAACUGCAUCUGUCUAGUCUUUUUUCUUUUUUUAUACAUAACUUCCUGAAUGACCAGGCUCAUCCCACAAACUUAAUUUUGUAGCUUCCUGUCGUUCCCCUCCUGCCUCUUCCUUUUCCGCUUGUGUCAGUUCCCUCCCUUAAAGACAGACCUGCCCAUCUAAAUUUUAUAUUUUUAUUUAAUUUUAACCCUGAUUUCCCUCGAAAUAAAAGUUCUGAGCAGUUCAAAAUCUGA